CUAAUGGCAGGGCUCCCUCCCGUCGGCGCAGUGGUCCGUGGGGUGGGUUAGGGGGCCCGGAAGGAAAAGAAGGGUGAAGGGGGGUUGGAUGAGAGGGUGACACCGGUUCACCGGCUGGCUUGUGUCGCACCUCAGGCAACCUGCCACAUUGUGCGCACAUGUCCAAUGGCAGCAGUCAUCUGUGGCCCAACGAAGCUCUGUGGUGGGUGCAGCAAUUCGGCUCAGAUCUCGAAACGGGCCCAUCACCGCCUAGUCUGCUAGAUAGCGUCCUGAACGGGCAUGCUCGUUCGUCUGGUAGUCUGGGCCAGCCGGAUGGACCUGUACCUUGGGUAGGGUACGGAGGCUGGAGAUCCAUCUGCUGCUGCUCCAUUAUCAGCAGUCUGCUUGUCCAAGACUCUGCCUUGCUGUGAAUGACUCGGGCCAUCUGUCUUACCUACCUCAUGGUCAACAUGAUUCUUCAAUGGAAAUAGACCGAGUGCUGGGCCAUUUUUCGAAGAGACCUGGACCACCUACUCACCUAGGAGCCCGGUAGGUACAAGGUAUUUGCUCAUGUACAUACUCCGUACAGGGUUGCCUGACCAGCCCACCGAGUGGGCUGGCUUGGCUGGGUACCUGGGUAGCAUACGCUAGGGGACGUUAGCUAUGGCGGGCUGGAGAAAGGAACGAGCAGGGGUCCCCUUAUCGCGACCGACCGAUAAAGAUUUUCAAAUCUUUUCGGUACGAAAUCGACUUGAACUUUUCUAGCUGCUGUCUUGCAUUGACUGCAUGGAAUUCGCCUGCGUUUCCCCUGGUCUGCUCGGGAAGUUCUGACGAAGGGGCAAGACUCUACGACACCAGACUGUCAAGGUUCCGCAUUCCUGACCAAGUGUCGCCCCUUCUGUCCGCCACGACGUGGUACCAGACUGCCCGUCAUGGCUCCUCCAAGGACCAAGACCCAAUGGGAUCACCAGUACAACACCCUGCGCCGUGAAGACCUAUUCCGGAAUCCUCCCACAGAUCACACCGCAUAUCCUCUCCUACAGAUCGCCGUCAACCCCCACAUCGAGUCCUUCAACGCCCUCUUCCCCUCCGAUGGAAGGCAAGGUCUCAUAGCCCAUGGUCUGGCAGACAUUGGAGCCAAAGUCUACUAUGAUAGCCCCGAUGGCACCUCCGCGAACGCGAGGAACAAGUUGACGAUCCGAUACAAGAGCGUACAACUUCAAAAGUCGAUGCUUCCACCCUCCAACAAGUUCGCAAAGACGCGCGAGAUCUUCCCUGCCGAGGCUCGUGAGAGACAUGCCACAUACCGCGGCAAGUUGACGGCCACUCUCGAAUACACAAUCAAUGACGGGGACCCUUUCGAGUUUGUCCGGGAGUUGGGAAAUAUGCCCAUUAUGAUCAAGUCAAAUAAGUGCCACUUGGAGAACAACUCUCCCGCUCUUCUUGUGAAGAGGAAAGAGGAAUCCGAGGAACUCGGCGGCUACUUCAUCGUGAACGGAAACGAGAAAAUCAUCCGAAUGUUACUGAUGAACAAACGGAACUACCCUCUCGCCAUCAAUCGUCCGAGUUUCCAGAACCGAGGACACGCAUACACCCCCUACGGUAUCAUCAUGCGAUGUGUUCGACCUGACGAGACAUCCCAGACGAACGUCCUGCACUACUUGAAUGACGGCAAUGUGACCUUCCGGUUCUCUUGGAGGAAGAACGAGUACCUUGUUCCGGUCAUGAUGAUCAUGAAGGCAUUGGUCGAGACCAACGACCGGGAGAUUUUUGAAGGCUUGAUUGGUCUGGCGGGCUCGAAGGGUUCCGAAAACACGUUCCUAACGGACCGUGUCGAGUUGCUCCUCCGCACAUACAAGAGCUACGGGCUGUACAGCAAGACGAAAACACGAUCAUACCUCGGAGAGAAGUUCAGGGUCGUCCUUGGAGUUCCAGACACCAUGUCGAAUUACGAGGUGGGCACAGAGUUCCUGCGCCGGAUCGUGCUUGUCCACCUGGGCAACGUCAACGUCACCGAGGAGCAGGACGCCGACAAGUUCAAAAUGCUCCUGUUCAUGAUUCGAAAGCUGUACGCCCUCGUCGCUGGCGACUGUGCUGUGGACAAUCCCGAUGCUGUUCAAAACCAGGAGAUCCUUUUGGGCGGUUUCUUGUACGGCCAAAUAUUGAAGGAGCGUCUAGACGAGCUCCUUUCCGUUGGUGUCAGGGCUUCACUCAGAGAGUACUUGAGGAAGAAGCCUGGCAACAACUUCACAUCAGACCAGUUUGCCAAGGAUUUCCCGGCAGCAAUAUUCCGGAAGACGACAGAAAACCUCGGGCAGCUUUUGGAGUAUUUCCUUUCCACGGGCAACCUGAUGAGUCCUUCCGGUUUGGACUUGCAACAGACAUCGGGCUUCACUGUGGUUGCCGAGAAGCUUAAUUUCCUGCGAUUCAUCAGCCAUUUUCGCAUGGUCCAUCGUGGUAGCUUCUUUGCUCAACUGAAAACGACAACAGUCCGAAAACUGCUGCCGGAGUCUUGGGGUUUCCUCUGCCCAGUACAUACCCCUGAUGGUGCUCCUUGUGGUUUGCUCAACCAUCUGGCCCACAAGUGUCAAAUUAUGACGAGCGGGGUAGACGCGUCCUCGGUCCCACAGCUGGCUUUCGAGCUCGGUGUGGUUGGGAUAUCUUCGGCUGCAACGGACGAGAGUGUCGUUGUAAUGCUCGACGGAAGGAUCAUCGGCUGGUGCAAUCCCCAGCAGUCCAAGCGUAUCGCCGACACUCUGAGAUUCUGGAAGGUGGAAGGUACUCACCGGGUGCCCAAGUCCCUCGAAAUCGGUUACGUGCCGCCUUCAAAGGGAGGGUCUUAUCCUGGUAUUUACAUGUCCUCUCAACCUUCGAGGAUGGUGAGACCAGUGAAGUACCUGCCGCUGGAGAAGGAGGACUUGGUUGGCCCAUAUGAGCAACCUUACAUGUCGAUCGCCUGUGUUGAGAAUGAGAUCAUAUCCGGAGAGUCGACGCAUGUCGAAUUCGACCCUACUAACAUCUUGUCCAUCUUGGCCAACAUGACCCCAUUCUCCGACUUCAACCAAUCUCCUCGAAACAUGUACCAAUGUCAAAUGGGUAAACAAACCAUGGGAACUCCAGGAGCUGCUAUCCGUCAUCGCACGGACAACAAGAUGUACCGUUUGCAAACCGGACAGACGCCUAUCGUGAGAGCCCCUCUCCACAAUGCCUAUGGCUUCGACAACUUCCCCAACGGCACAAACGCUGUCGUCGCAGUCAUAUCCUAUACUGGUUACGACAUGGACGACGCUAUGAUUAUCAACAAAUCCGCACACGAAAGGGGCUUUGGACACGGCACAAUCUACAAGACCAAGAAGAUCAGUCUCAAAGACGAUUCAAGAACUCGGUCAUCCGCCACGAUAGAGAAGAUGUUCGGUUUCGCACCAAAAGGAACGACUCGGCCAUGGCACCGUGACACGCUCGAUGAGGAUGGUCUCCCUUAUAUUGGCCAGGAGUUGAAGGCUGGUGACCUUAUAUGCGCGUGGCACACUGUCUCUCCCGACGGGCACGGCGGACUGGAGAACAAGGAUGGAAUGACGCACUUCGAAAAGUACAAGGAGGAUGAAGUUGCGUACGUUGAGGAAGUCCGGAUAAUCGGCAGUGAGAACGGCAACGAGCCCGCCCAAAACCUGUCCAUCAAAUUCCGGAUACCCCGUUCUCCCACCAUUGGCGACAAGUUCUCAUCUAGGCACGGCCAGAAAGGUGUUUGCUCUCAAAAAUGGCCGUCCAUCGAUCUGCCAUUUUCGGAGUCGGGAAUCCAGCCUGAUGUGAUUAUUAACCCUCACGCUUUCCCGUCUCGUAUGACUAUUGGCAUGUUUGUGGAAUCACUUGCGGGUAAGGCGGGUGCAUUGCACGGCCUGGCCCAAGAUUCGACGCCCUUCAGGUUCGACGAGCAGAACACCGCCGGCGAUUAUUUCGGUCACCAGCUGAUGAAGGCCGGCUACAACUACCACGGAAACGAGCCUAUGUACUCUGGAAUCACUGGUGAGGAGUUCGCUGCGGACAUCUACAUCGGAGUCGUUUACUACCAACGUCUCCGUCACAUGGUGAACGACAAGUACCAAGUACGAACCACUGGACCAGUGGUGCCUCUGACGGGUCAGCCCAUCAAAGGCAGGAAAAAGGGUGGUGGUAUCCGUGUCGGAGAAAUGGAACGCGACGCUCUUCUCGCCCAUGGUACCGCGUUCCUCUUGCAAGAUCGGCUGCUGAACUGCUCAGACUACACAAAGUCGUGGGUCUGCCGCACGUGCGGCUCUUUCCUUUCUGUGCAGCCAACAGUCACGCCGUACGUAGGCAAGAAGAAGACCAUCGACACCGUCCGAUGUAGGAACUGUGCCAGGCGGCUCGAUGAUGAAACGGAUCUCACAGAGUUGGAUGGUGAGAUCUGGGAGGACGGUCAAGGUGUUCAAUGGGUCGGCGGCGAGGACACGACCGUAAUCGUCGUGCCUGGUGCGCUGAAGUACCUGGAUGUGGAGCUCGCGGCCAUGGGAGUCAAGCUGAAAUACCACGUCGACCCGGUCGACAAGGACCGCCCUGGGAAGCGGGUGAAGAAAAUUGGACUGGACGGAUGGAAGCAAGAUGCACCGGCGGUAGCAGUUUCUUCAUAGGAGGACAAGGCAAAUAGCAUACUCGUGGUUUAGCAAUGGUCUGUCUAAUUUAAGGUCGCACCGAUAUUGGGUGAGUUUCCGUGGGCAGAGGCCCGCCCAGGUCAACCGGUAUUGUUUGGCGACGCCCAGGAUGACCCAAGAUGGCGCCAGGAAAGCCAUGAGGCUUUCUGUCAACUGUCAAAAUGACGAGUUCAUCACCACUCAGGCUGACAGGGACGCAAUUUUUCGCUACCAGUGCUCCCUCCAAUCCCAGACAGGGUCGCACAUGCGAGGCAAGCUGCAUAACCGAGCCCUUUGUUGAACUCGAGGCUCAUGUGUGCUGCCGCCCGAGAGCAGCGCUGCUCGACGGGAGCCAUGUCUUGGAAAAAUCUCCUUUUGUCCUCGCGUCAUUGGCAUCGCCUGCACGCGUGUCGCCCUCGCAUCACACGCUGCUUGGCGAGAGGAGGAAAAGGUGACUGCCGUGGUCUCAACGAG